GAGAGAGAGACAGUCAUGGGACUCUGUUUGCUCGUCCUGACCCAUGUGAGUCAUAUGAGCGAUAGAAGGAGGACGAAGAGGAGAAGUGGAUUAUAAAGAAAAGAAGAAAAGAUGGAGGACCUGUCCCGGUGGGUGAGGGAGGCCGGGUGGUGGGUGAGGAGGUGUUGCUGUGGUGAGGAAGAGGAGGAUGGAGAGGAGAAAGGGGGGAGGGAGGAAGAGGAGGAGGAAGAGGAGGUGAAGAUGGAGGAGCUCAGCUUCAGAAAAAGCAGGAGUUCGACUUCUCUCCCACCUGCUGAGCUGGAUGCGUACCGGUUUAGCUCGUCCCCCUCUGGGUCCCAGCCUCACUGGUUCCAGACUCUGCAGGUCCGACGCUUUCGAGUGCAGCGAGGACGAAGCAACAGCGACCCACUGAGAGGAAGCAGCCAACAGGAUGAGUUCACCUGGAAAUCAGGUCUUAAGUUCGGAACAGCGAACUCCUACCUGAGUUUAGAGAAACUGGGUGAAGGAGCGUACGCGUCCGUCUACAAAGGAAUCAGCAGGAUCAACGGGCAGCUGGUGGCUCUGAAGGUGAUUCGUAUGAAGACGGAGGAGGGCGUCCCGUUCACCGCCAUCAGAGAGGCCUCUCUGCUCAAAGGCCUGAAACACGCCAACGUGGUCCUCCUGCACGACAUCAUCCACACCAGAGAGUCGCUCACCUUCGUCUUUGAAUACGUGCAAACAGACCUGGCUCAGUAUCUGACUCAACACCCCGGAGGUCUGCACUCACAUAACGUUCGGAUCUUCAUGUUCCAGCUCCUGCGAGGUCUCUGCUACAUCCACAGCAGGAGGAUCCUCCACAGAGACCUGAAGCCUCAGAACCUGCUCAUCAGCUACCUCGGAGAACUCAAACUGGCCGACUUUGGUCUGGCUCGAUCCAAGUCCAUCCCCAGCCAGACGUUCUCCUCUGAGGUGGUGACGCUGUGGUACCGCCCCCCCGACGUCCUGCUGGGAUCCACAGAUUACUCCACCGCCCUGGACAUGUGGGGAGCCGGGUGCAUCUUCAUAGAGAUGCUGCAGGGGGCGCCGGCGUUCCCGGGAGUCACCGACGUGUUCGAACAGCUGCAGAAAAUAUGGACGGUGCUCGGCGUCCCGUCUGAGGACUGCUGGCCUGGAAUCAGUCAGCUGCCCAACUAUAAACCAGAAUGGUUCCUUCACACAGAGCCGAAGCAGUUCCGGACCGUUUGGAAAAGGUUGAACCAGCUGCCCUAUAAGACCGAGGACCUGGUCCAGAGGAUGCUGGUGUUGAAACCUGCAGACCGGAUCUCGGCGCAGGACUCCCUGCAGCACCUGUACUUCAGCACGCUGCCUCCUCCCAUCAUGCACCUGAGAGACACGGUGUCCAUCUUCAAGGUGCCUGGCGUUCGUCUGGAGACGGAGGUCAGAGACAUCUUCAACCCCGGCCGGCAGGUCAAACCCUCCCUGCUGCCCACCGUCAAGUGCUGGUGACGAAGCCUGACGAGACCACCGGAGGGGCCGAAGAAACGUCUGAAAGUUUAAAAGGUUAAAAAGAAGUAAACUGUGUUUGCUUGUGAACGCUUCCUCACAUAUCACAGCUGGACGGCCGACUCGUUAAUCAAAGUGUGUAAACGACAGGGAACGUUCAAAUGAUAAGGGUUCAAAUGUUUCUGGUGAUAAAAGGACGUUUUUUUUUUGUAGCUUUGGAUCAUUUUGGAAAUCUUCUUCUUGUUCUGAUGUUUAAAUGGAAAUCUAUCAGUCCAGCAUCCACACAACUAACUAACUAACUAACUAACUAACUAACUAACUAACUAACUAACUGGGAAAGCCGCUAACCAGCUAACAUAUCAGUUUCAUACAAACUUUAAGCAGCAAUAAGAAGAGGAAUGUUGAUGAGAACAAAGCAGGAUUUCAUAACUGGGCCCAUAAGACCGACCUGUUGAAACCGUUGAGUUUCAAAUGAUAAUAAUAAUAAUAAACUAUUAUUUAUUAUUAAAUAAACUAUUUAAAAGAGAUUAUUCAAAAGCCUUUUUGAAAGAAAUGUGUUUUAAAAGAAGUCUGAUUUAUUAAGAGGGAGUCAUUUGUUCUCUCUUCUUGGUUUCUGUUGUCUAUGAACAGUUUUCUGAUUGAUGCCGUUGGGACGUCACAAUAAUCUGAACACUGAGGAAGUGGAAGCAUGAAGCUCAGAUAUUAACAGAUUUUAACCAGAUUGGACAAUCUUACUAACAAAUAUCUCGGUUCAGUUUUGGAUCAUCAACUCAGCUUCUCUGGAAAAACAUAUUUUCAAGAAAAGAUCACAACCUCUUAGGACACACAAGUGAUUCAGUCAAUCUUAGAAACGGUUUACAAAAACCCUGACGGAGAGUUUAACAUCACGGUUCUUAAGAUGAACAGAAAAAGAAAAGUUAAACAUCCUGUCAGGUAUUAUUUAUCUUAUUUUUCAUCUAAUUUUGAGCUGCUGUAACGUGUGAAUUUUCCCCCGUGGGGAUCAAUAAGUUCAUUCAUUCAUUCAUUCAGAUCCUUUAUUUCAUCAGUUUGACACUCUGACCUCUAGGAGGCGCUGCAGGAAACUCUUAGUUCUCAAACAUAUGUUCAAGUCUUUCAUUCCAAGUCCAGACAACAUUUAUCUGCAGGUCUGCUGUUUUCUUUUUAUGUGAGUACUGUGAUGUUUCAUACUUGUUGUUGUUGUUGUUGUUGUUGUUUAGAUGGUGUAUUGUUGCUGCAUUCAUUCUGUAUGUUUUGCUGCUCUGUGUUGUGGUGAGAUACAGCAAGCAAUGUUCUAGUCUGCAGGACAAUAAAGUUUUGUUCUAAAGCUCA